AUGGAACCGAUCGUUACGAUUCCAACGUUAUUGCUAAUAUAUUCGGAUAAGGUCGACCUCGUUUUAAAGGAAAAUUUUUUGCAAGCGCACCAACGCGCGCCGGCGCUUUUUACGUUGGCCGGCAAAGCGCGCGCUUUUGUUAUUAAUUGUUUGCAAUUGCGGAUUAUUAAUAAAUCCAACGUUGGAAUUGUGGCUUUUUUCCAAUCGCGGGCCAGCAAAAUAAGCAACGGCGUUUUUAAUAAACGCAAAAUUUCGUUGGCUUUAUUAAUUUCGUUAAAAAAAAAGGCAAAAAACCGGUUUCGUUGUUUUAUCCGGCGGAAUUGUUUGGUUGCGUUAAAAAUAUAA